AUGUGUGACAUUGUGUCGGCUGAUGCACUGUACAAAGUGGUGGCAGAGGACUACAAGAUUCAGUCUUUUGACUUGGAGACCCAGAAGCUGCUGAAACAGCCCUGAAAGCCCAGCACGGUGGACCUGGAGAAGGUGUCCAAUGUGCGUGACCAGUCUUUGAAGGACCGGGUCUUCAGCAAAGAGGCAGGACGCAUUUGCUACACUAUCGUUCAGGCUGAGGCCAACACAAACGGAAACGUGUUCCGGCGAAAUCUGCUCAACCGGCUGCAGCUGGAGUGUGGCCGGGAGGACACGCGGCUUCGCUCGCUGCAGGAGUGGGUCUGCUUCGUCACCUUCAUCUGCAACCACGUCUUCGACUACCUCAAGGUGAACAACAUGCCUAUGGUGGCUCUGGUGCAUCCUGUGUUUGACUGCCUGUUAAGGCUGGCUCAGCCCGACUCACUGAACAACGAGGAAGAGGUAGACUGCCUGGUGCUCCAGCUGCACCGCAUCGGGGACCAGCUGGAGAAGAUGGACGGACAGAAGAUGGACGAGCUCUUCUACCUGCUGCGGGACGGCUUCCUACUGCAGGAGGGCCUGAGCUCCAUGGCCCGUCUUCUGCUACUGGAGAUCCUGGAGUUCAGAGCCGGGGGCUGGAUGCUCAGCGACACGGCCCAYAAAUACUACUACAGCGAAGUCACCGACUAGACUGAGGCUAGGCCAGGCUACAGUAGGUGGAUGGUGUUCAAUAGGAACAAAAUGGGAUUGGACGAGCUCGGGUUGGAAUCUCCCGUUUCAUGUUUACUGAAUGUGACCCUGAAUGAUAGUAUUGGGAGAGGGGCUGCAUAGUGGAUGAUUCCAGAAAGGACACUUUUUUUUGCUGGGCUUUGRCAUGGGGUAGCCACUAGUCAGUGUGGUUAGCAGCAGGGAUAUUUCCACUAGCCAGAUAGUCGGUUUGAAAUGUGCAAUUGUAAAUGGUUGUUAAAAGGUUUUUGUUGGCGAGAUGUGUAUUUSAAUUGGGUUGGUUUGAAGCAAGUUUGACUGAAUUUCAGGAUAUUUUGUGGGUUCGAUUUGCAGUUUUUACUCCAGUCYAAUUAUUMAUUGUUAAUCCCUUUGCUUUCUGACAUUCCAAUGUUAUGAGACYUUUCACUAUUGUACAUAKGUAGUUCAGAUACACAUUCCAGUCACGUGGGCUUGACCAUGAUUGAGUUAAUCUUAWAGAUCUUCUGCCAGUCGUUACUGAUACUGUUUUCAAAGGUGAUGAURUUCGUUACUUUUUCUACAAAGAAUCUUGAGAGGUCUGCAGAACGUUUCGAGAGCUUAGACAUUCAUUAGGCCCAAGUGAAUGUAMGGAUCAAAUUAUGAUCUUACAAUCAAUGCUUUACAAAAUAGGCUGCUUUUACACAGACAGCCCAAUUCUGGUCUUUAUUUUGUUUUACCAGUAAUUGGUGUUUUUACCAAUCAGAUUAGCUCUUUUGCCAAUAAUUAGGCAAAAUAUCAGAAUUGGGCUGCCUGUCUAAAUACAGCAGGUCCAA